GCCGUGUGCAGAUACGACGACAAACGACGACGCUAACGAUUGCUACAGUAUACAGAGCUUUAACAACUUCUAGCGUACUAUAGCAAGAGUGAACUUGUGUCUUUGCGUUUCUUUGCCGCAGUGUAACGAAAUGAAUAUUUUGCCUAAAAAAAGCUGGCAUGUUCGCACCAAGCGAAACAUUGACCGUGUACGCAAGGAUGAAGCGCUUGCAGCUCAAGAGGAGAAAGAACUUCAAAGGAGAAUUCAGCUCGCGGAGUCAGAAGCCCGGAUCAACUUCUUGCGUGGAAAAUUGAAGGGAGAGGGCCAAGAACAAUUUGACUUUGAGAAAGCAGCAACUGCUGAGGUUGCGACAGACUUGACAUCAGGUGGCCAUUUCAACUUCUUCAAAGAUGUGGAAAAGGCUGAGCGGAACCUGCAUUCUAAAAAUGAAGAUCGCGAGAAGGAAAAGAAGACAGAAGUGGAAGAAUAUGAGAAAAAAAUUGGCCUACUCACGUAUUUGGGGCAGAGCUCAAGUGAAGCCUCUGGGAGUAAACCAUGGUUUACAGAGUCACAUGAAGAGCGCUUGCAGCUUCAUGAGGAGUCAGAGAAAGAAACUAAAGAUUGCAAAACUAAAGACCGCAUGGACCCACUGCAUCUGAUGAAACACUAUGUCUCCUUGAAGUGUGGCUUGAAGGAAAAUGGUCAGAAGAUCAAGAAGCUAAAUCAACUUGCACAGCAGACAGAGCUACAUUCAAAGAAGGUGAAACGCCUGGAGAAGCCGCUAGAACAACUACGAGCUGAAAGGUUGGCUCGUGAGAAGGCAGAACGGGCAAGGGCUGAGGAUGUCCUUCGAAGAGCUCGGGGUGAGCUGCCAGUCCGAGAGGUGUCUCCUGAUGUUGUCCUGGAUGACAGACGACGAGGCUACAAUUCCCAGUACAACCCGCACCUAGCGAAGCGUCCCCAGUGACUUGUCUGAAUGUGGGCAUUCCCUUUCUGGGCUGCUGUAUGGACGGUGUUGCUGUAUUAUUGUGACUGCAACUACUACAUUAAGAUACAGCUGCUAUGUACAGUCGCAAACAGUAGCUAGAUGUUUAAGCACUUAGAAGUGGUGUUGCACUGCAGUGUGUGCUAUUUGGAAUGACUCCCUUUUAUAGCAGUGUAGUUCUGAGUACACUUCAUGUAAGCAACUGUUUCAGAGCGCAGCUCUUAGGCCCUCAUUCCUGCGGCAAGCGGCUGCAGCAUAAAUGAGCAAACGAGCACAGCGAAAGAUGAAAGAGCAAAUGCGGAGUGGAAUAUGAAAGAUGUGAGCCGCGAAUGGCGGAGACCAAUGAGAGUGGCCCCUUCUGUGACGUGCGUGUGGGAAGCUGCUGUCAUGCAGACCUGCCCAGCCACUCGAUGCGUACUCGUAACUGGUCUCAGCCAGUCCGCUGGUUUGUUACUAUCGUCUGCUCGCGUCAGCUCUUGCUUGCGCUUGUUUGGUUUGCUUGGUUUGGUCUCAUUUGCACUUGUUUCGGUUGUCAUGGUUUGCUAUUGCUUUGUAAUCUGAUUGUAUAUGCGACGUGAGUUGUGUAGUACUUUCUGGAAGCCAUGCGGCACCAGCGAUUACACUGGAACCUUCAACGAGUCAUGUAUAAAAGCCGACGUGCUUGACUCACAGAUCGGAUUUUUGACGAUAGCCAACUCUGCUACAUGUUUAUAUCAAGUUCUUUGCCUCAAUAUUUCAUGAAAUGAAAACACGUCUGGAGCUGCGCUCAAAUUUUGCACUAGGAGGGAGUAUCAUAAUUGUCAGUGAAUUUUUUACCUAUUCAUUACAAUGUCUCCAAGCCAAAGCCAACUAUUGGCAUUCCUCACCAUGCUCAAAGGGCCCCUGAACCACUGCUUACCAUUUUCUUGUUUUUUAGUUGAACAUACACAUCAUGUACACUAUACCAUAAUGAUCAUCUUUCUCAAAAAUGGCAACGCUACACACCACAAGGAAGGCAGAAAUAUAAAAAAACAAUCCCAUGCUCCCCACCUCAUGUUUUUGCAGUCAUGACGGCAGUAGGGUGCCAUGUGUGACGUUACCAAGGUAAAAGCUUUCGAUUGGUUGGUCGAUGAUGGACGACAGUGCCAACAUGAUGACAGCUGUUGUCUGUCCUGAGAAUGGAAGGGGGCUCACCCAUUGUGCUCCACUCAACCGUCUAUGAAGCUUCCAUUCAGUCGCCAAUACGCUAAGGACGAUUGGGCAUGGACAAUGGAGAGGCCUUUGUUCUGAUGUGUUGACGCUAUCCCUAGCCUUCACUGCAGUGCAUGGAGUUGGCGACAGUAUGCGGUGAGGAGAAAAGAGUGCCAGUGGGAAGAGGAGGGCAGUGCUGAGGGUGAGCAGUAGGGAGGGGAGGGCAGUGAAGGUGAGUGAAAUAAACCAUGGUGACCGUGUAUUCGUUCAUCAAAUGCCUGUAACUGUGCUAUUACUAAAAAUAUUAAAAAAAUUAUUUCGGCUAGAAGUUCUUUGUGGACUAAUAAACAAUGCUCGCUAUGUAACCAAUUUUCGAGCUCAGGGUGGUUCUGGGGCUCUAUAAAGGGGCCCUGAACCACUUUUUAUAGAAGUCGCGAAAUGAAUUUGAAGAUAAAAUAGGCGAUUUUAGAAGUACUUUGCCACCAAGAAUACUUCAGUGUGUUCAGCAUUAACAGAGUUAUUGGCAAUCAAACAUCCCGUUCCUGCUGCUUCCACUCCUCCAAUGCCUUGCACUGCAAAGACUCCGGCGGAGUAGGGUGGCCACAAUGCCCCUCCGACUGAAUGUCACCAUAGCGCACAGUUCAAAUUUGAUUUUGGAUGUUCAUGUAGACACCACUACUUCUGAUUUUGGUGCCUACAAUGGGCCAAAGGCGGUUGUCCUCAGCGAGCCGCAGUGCGCUCAGCCAGCGGAGUCGUCGCAGCACCUCGCGGCAGCCGCGGUAUCUAUGCUACGUAGCAGACUGCAGCUACAGUCGAACCCGACUAUAUCGAACCCGUUUACAUCGAAUUAUUCUAUAUAUUGAACAAUUUCUGGAUGCGGUAUGGUUACAAUGAGUAUAUAUAGCAAGAAUUAUGCUUACAUCGAAUAAAAAUAGCAGCAACUCCCAAUAUACCGAAUGUCAAGUGGCAGAAAGUGCCCCUGGAAGUUGGUUUUCCCUCGCGGUGGCGGGAAAACCCGGCGGUGUGGCUCCAUCCAACCGCUCUCCCUACCGUGACCGCACUGCCUGCAAAAAUGAUCUGCAAAAAACGAUCCUGGCCCGCCCGCAGCGCUUGCUCAAACAGCCAGUCAGAGGCUCUUGUGCCCUCGUUGGGCAAGUUGGCGAAAGUGCGAGUUGUCUCGCUGCUUUUCUGGUUCAUUGUGGGUGCGCCCUGUGGGCCUUCUCCCGCAGUGUUGCCGUGAUGAAGCGGCAGAAUUCGCCUUUCGUCGUGAAGCUCGAAAUCAUAAAUCGGGUUGAAUGCGAUGAGAAGUCUGAUGUCCCUGCUGCGUGCAAGAUUUCGAGGAGCACUCUCUGCACGAUCUUGAAGAAUAAGGGGGAGAUUAGGGCUAAAGCGGCCAAACUCGCGACCCGGUGCCCGUGGCGCCCGACGCAUACGCACAGCCGUGUACGAGGAGUUCAUCCGAAAUUGCUUCAGCCGUGCCAACUUCUGCAUGCUCGGUAAUGAUCGUAAAUUCUGAUGAAUGCGAUGAUGAUGUCCGAAGUUUAAAGCAAGCUGUCAGAAUUUCCGGAAGCUGUUGACGAAUCAACAGUGGACAAGUUUGUGAGUGCAAAUGACAGUGUCGUGACCACGGGAGAGCCAGAAAACGACUACAUUGCCGGCAUCAUACCGAGCACAAGUGAAAGUGGGCACAAUGAGGAAAGCAACGGCGGUCCUUGGCCCACAUCCUUCAUAGUGAUUGGUGCGCUCGCACUAGUCCGGUGCUUCUGCGCAAAUGUGGAAGGUUGCAGCCUCAGCUGCUCCGACUCCUUAGACAAUGUGGAGAAGUGCGUGUGCCGCAGCCAGUGAAAUUGCCCAAGCAGAAGAAAAUGCAGGACUAUUUCGUGUGAAACUAAGCUAGUUUCAUCAAUAAAGUGGUUUUAUAAAUGGUAUGUGCCUUUAUGACAUCCAAUUAUUUAGCAGGCUUAUAUCGAAUUAUGCUCUAAUCAAAUUGAUAGGCGUUUUCUUGCGAGUUUAAUAUAGCUGGGUUCGGCUGUACAUCUAGCUGUAGUGCGUGUGCACAACAUUUUCUUUGUGCAUGACAGGGCUUGAGUGUAGGCUCAUGCUCAUAUGAUCCAGUCUGGCUGUGCUACAUGGUAUGGACUGGCGUUGUCCUGCACCAGCUAAACCAACAAAUAGUGGUCACAUCCAACUCGCACAUUUUGAAGCACUGUUAAUAGCUCAAUUCGAAGUGAAGUCUGCCAAGGCAUCCAACGAGGAGCGGCCAGGAGUUAGCGCAUGCUGCCAAGCAUGCAUGUAGUCUGACCUUAAGUUUUCUGUGAUUCAAGGCUAGUUGAGUGCUCAAAACUAGUCAAAAUUAGUGAGACCCAAUGGCUGUGAGACCAAUAAGCAGGGUGGCGAAAGUUUGGGCGGCCGCAGCCGAGCAUGUGCAGACGAUUGUCAGCUUCUUCUGGAAGUGCAUAAUUAUUAUCAAAACUUGAAAGCCGAUUUUUGCUUCAUUCAUCCUGUUUAUUAAACUGCGUCAAUAAAUAUACACAGCAACAGUAGGAAGAAUUGCACUGAUCCAAACGCCCUUCUUGAUUGAUGUCAACUAUAUGCCAAUAGCAGCCGCAUAUGGGAAUAGCGUCCAGAAAAGAGUGAGGACCAGGCUUCUGUUGAAAAGAGCGUGUUUGAGAGAAAGGUGACCUUGUGCUCCGCUUGCGAGCUCCACACACCGUGCACGACUGCAAAACUUGGCUGAGAUAUUCACAGCAGUGUAUGCUAUCUAUGGACUAUGUUUUUUCAUCUAGCCCGAGAGGUGGUUCGGAACCCCUUUAAGUCAAGUCUUAGUGCUCUCUUACUGUGCAUUGCAAAGCUGUCACUCCAUUUUAUGCUUCAUUCCCUUGGCAGAUUUGGAUCACUUUCUUGUAGCUUUCCUUGGCUGUUUCACUUGUUUUUGUGGUUGGAAUUGGAAUAAAGCAUUAGUUAAUAUUACCAUAAGGAAUUCAACCGCUGGUUUUGAAGCAUUUUGUUUUCUCAUUCGUGUAGCUAGAGUGUGAUUGAGAAGAUGAAAAGAAACUGCAUAAUGCAAGCUGCUCAGUUUUACAUAGUUGAUAUUCGAACUCCUUUUUUAUUUAUUAGUGCUCCAUGUCUUGACUAUUUAAACAGCAUGUUAAAUUUGCAGAAAACAUGCCACACGCACGUGUGGUUUCUAAAUAUACAAAUCUCCUUUGUCUUUAGAGCACAAUGCAUAUUGUUAUUUAGUGGCUGCUUGCCAUGUAUCUGAGCAGGAAGUCUUACCUAUCAUUCUUUAUUCAUUUCGUAAAUUAGGUUGUUGGAGUUGACAUACAGAGCAUCCCUUAGCCUGGGCGAAGGUACUGGUUUUGAAUCCUGCUGUUGCCAGAAACCCACUACUAGUUUUUCUAAUAAAUAGAGAUGUCCCCUAGCUUGGGGCUUAGCUGCUUGUGAGGGUUCUCAUUUUGAAACUGCAGCCGUAUAGAGAUUCCUUGGCAUUGUCUCUGGGCACCUCUUUUCUAACCACAGAUGACCUUGUAGUAAAGCAUCUACCACCACUGUGAAAGACCGGUCGGGAACCUACCAGUAAAAUAGGUAAAAGCAUGCUUUCUGACCAGAUGCAAUGUCAUUGUAUUAGCUCAAUGAUUGAAAGGGGGUCAGCCCCCAAACCAAAGGACAUCCCCACCAGUAAUGUGCUCUGGAAUGCCCUAUUCGAAACCACUGCUGCAAAAUAUGUGUAUAGCUUUUUAUACAAAGUUUAUAGACAGCAUUGCAUGUGUGAAGUACAGUCGAACCUCUUACUAAUGAAGUCGCAUCGGACACUAAAAUGUCUUCGUUAUAUCUGAUAUCCGUUAUAAGCGUACACGCAUAUAUUGGCGAAAAAAAAAAAAAUACCGCUCUUUGUGCAAAAGAAAUACAAGCGGGGUGGGGUGCCUAUGACGGGCCAGCAGAGUCUCCCGCAGAUUUUGAUGGCACGUAGGCUUAUUGCCGUGCCGAUACGAAGCACGGGAACAGCAAUACCGUAUUUUUUUCGCGUAUGACCCGCGUCCUCUUAUAGAACGCACCCCCAAUUACAACACCCGUAAAGAAAAGGUGUGGUCUCGCGGCGCUGAUGUGAAGCCACACCUCGAGGCGAAAUUUGCAUAUAAUGUGCCCCCUAACUUUGCUGGUAAAUUUUUCUAGCCUUUGGUGCGGGUUAAAGGCGAAAAUGCGUAGAUACGGGCGCUCUGCAUCGCCGCGAAAACGCAGCCGUGCGAUCGGUGUAAUCACAGGGAACGUGCCGAUCCCUUAUGCGCUACCGUAUUGCAGCGCUCUUCAACCGCGCUUCGUGCGCAAGAACCAUGCGCGCGGUCCGUGGCGAAGUGAGUGGCCACGGCUCUAGGCAUCGGCUUCACAGUGCGUCAGCAUUUUCGACGGUGGCAGAUGGAAAGGAAGCACCGUCGUCCUUGGUAAGCGAUAGGCUCGACGCGCGUUUCAGCGCGCUGCAAUGCGAUAGCGCACGACCGCAGUCACGUGGUUUUAUUUCAUAUUUCGCGGGCGUUCUUUAAACGCGGGAAAAUAUCCCCACGCAGCAUGUACGUUGCCGCAAUAAAUUGGAUCGGUCGUUUUGAAAUGCCCUCUACAACGUAACGAAACGCACUUGGCCCUAAAGGGAAUAUUUGAAAACUUGCAUAAUUGAUCUUAAGCGCAAUAUAAAAAAUAGGAGUGCCACAUGACAAACCAUAUGUCGUUGGUUUCAUUCAGUUGCGGUCAAUCACUUUUUUUGAAAUCCUUGGUUCAAGUUACUUGAAACACCCUGUAUAUCUAUCUACCUUGUACCGCUACCUAUGCCUGUAACGGAUCCGGUUAGGCAAGUAGGCCUAGUAAGCGUCGUUUCGUCGGGAGUCUGCUUGAUGGCAACUUCGUUCAUGGCCGUCGUGCUUUUGGCAUCGCUUGCGCGGUUCAUGUCAGAAACUGUGUGCGGCGCCCGAAAUUUCGAUUAUUUUUCUAGUGCCAAAGGUAGGAUGGAGGCGUCGCAGGAAAGUCCAAAUAAUCGCGCAAGUAUAAAAAUAGAUCGGCGACUGUAUUUGACAUUUUUGCUACCAGAACAUAUAUUUUGAGGCACCUGCAAACAAAAAAUUUGCUUCGCUAUAACCGAUACCGUCUUGGUUACCACCUUUUUUUGUUUCGGUAUAGCAUAGAAUUCCUAAUUGAAAUAAAGCAUGGUCAAGCAAAUGUUUACAUUUACUUCGUUAUAUAUGAUAAUUCGUUAUAUUGAAGUUCGACUGUACUAGUAGCUGUGUUUUGUUAUGUAUCAUAAAUUCUUCAUGGACUUAAACUUCGGUUUCAGUGGAUUAAGGUCAUUAUUUGCAUUCUCAUGUCAUAAUUUAAGUUUGUUUUGUGCGUUGUGAAACUCUAAUUCUUGCUUUAGGUGCCGUUUUUCUUAGGUUUUGUGUUUAUAUACUGUGUAGUAGGUACUGCUGACUGUUACUUUCUGAGCACUUUAUCUGCUUGGAAGACGUAGAUUAGAAAUUUACAUAUUCGAAAUGUACAGUGUGUUUCCUCUGAAGCUAUGCUUGUGCUGGCCUUGCAUUGAAAUUCACUAUGAAUAAUUACAUUGUUAAUAAAAAUACUGUCAAGAAA